AUGCACUGCAUUGCUUAUCACUGCGCAGGCUCAGUAUGUUCCCGCGUGGCCACGGUCGAGAGCAUGCGCAGUGGGAGCGACCCUGGGAAGUCGCUGUUCUUUUCGGCUCCACAAAAGCAUCUCAGAAGAGGAUUUGCAGAUCGGAAACACAAACCAAAUGAUCUAAGCAUGCCUUUUUGUUCAUUCAGCACUGAAUAUUAUCGGCCUUUAAAGGAUAUUAGAAGGAGAAGAUUUUCAAACGCACCAUCACACCAGGAUCUGAUGGAGUCGCUCAUUUUAUCACAAAUGGAACAUGAUCAGAUUUUAAACCUGGAAGGAAAAAGCUCCAUUCACACUGGAGAGAAACUGUAUAGGUGUUGUGUGUGUGGACAAGGCUUCAGCGAAUCAUCAGACCUCACAAACCACAAAUGCAGUCACACUGGGGUGAAACUGUGGAAAUGUGGGGAUUGUGGGGAGGAAUUCACUUCCGCAUCUGAGCUGGAAACUCAUCGACGCAGUCACACCAGUAACAAGCCAUUUACCUGCUCAGUGUGUAGGGAGGGAUUCACUCAGUCAUCUAGCCUGCUGGAACGCCAGCUCAUUCACACUGACAAGAGACCAUUUCAAAGCCCAGACUGUGGAAAAUGCUUCAGAACAUCCCGGAACCUGAUGUCCCAUCAACUAGCUCGCAUUAAUGAGAGACCUUUUAAAUGCCAAGACUGUGGAAAAU